CUUCCCCGGGUCAGUGCCGUAGCGCCCGGCUCCUGCAGGCGCUCGGCAUCCGCUCAUUCCUGACGCCGCAGUGGGCGCGAUGGCGGAGGCUGUAUUGAGGGUCGCCCGGCGGCAGCUGAGCCAGCGCGGCGGGUCUGGAGCCCCCAUCCUCCUGCGGCAGAUGUUCGAGCCCGUGAGCUGCACCUACACGUACCUGCUGGGUGACAGAGAGUCCCGGGAGGCCGUUCUGAUCGACCCGGUCCUGGAAACAGCGCCUCGGGAUGCCCAGCUGAUCAAGGAGCUGGGGCUGCGGCUGCUGUAUGCUGUGAAUACCCACUGCCACGCGGACCACAUUACAGGCUCGGGGCUGCUCCGUUCCCUCCUCCCUGGCUGCCAGUCUGUCAUCUCCCGCCUUAGUGGGGCCCAGGCUGACUUGCACAUUGAGGAUGGAGACUCCAUCCGCUUCGGGCGCUUCGCCUUGGAGACCAGGGCCAGCCCUGGCCACACCCCAGGCUGUGUCACCUUCAUCCUGAAUGACCACAGCAUGGCCUUCACUGGAGAUGCCCUGUUGAUCCGUGGGUGUGGGCGGACAGACUUCCAGCAAGGCUGUGCCAAGACCUUGUACCACUCGGUCCAUGAAAAGAUCUUCACACUUCCAGGCGACUGUCUGAUCUACCCUGCUCACGAUUACCAUGGGUUCACAGUGUCCACUGUGGAGGAGGAGAGGACUCUGAACCCUCGGCUCACCCUCAGCUGUGAGGAGUUUGUCAAAAUCAUGGGCAACCUGAACUUGCCUAAACCUCAGCAGAUAGGUGAGCAGCUGGGGACCUGGACUCCUGGGUCUGAGAGAGGAGGGGCUGGGGGCUUGGACUCCUGGGUCUGAGAGAGGAGGGGCUGGGGGCUUGGACUUCUGGGUCUGAGGGAGGAGGAGCUGGGGCCCUGGACUCCUGGGUCUGAGAGAGGAGGGGCUGGGGGCUUGGACUUCUGGGUCUGAGGGAGGAGGAGCUGGGGCCCUGGACUCCUGGGUCUGAGAGAGGAGGGGCUGGGGGCUUGGACUUCUGGGUCUGAGGGAGGAGGAGCUGGGGCCCUGGACUCCUGGGUCUGAGAGAGGAGGGGCUGGGGGCCUGGACUCCUGAGUCUGAGGGAGGAGAGACUGGGGGCCUGGACUCCUGGGUCUUAAGGAGGAGGGGCUGGGGGCCUGGACUCCUGGGUCUGAGGGAGGAGGGGCUGGGGGUCUGGACUCUGGGUCUGAGGGAGGAGGGGCUGGGGGACUGGACUCCUGGGUCUGAGAGAGGAGGGGCUGGGGGCCUGGACUCCUGAGUCUGAGGGAGGAGAGACUGGGGGCCUGGACUCCUGGGUCUUAAGGAGGAGGGGCUGGGGGCCUGGACUCCUGGGUCUGAGGGAGGAGGGGCUGGGGGUCUGGACUCUGGGUCUGAGGGAGGAGGGGCUGGGGGACUGGACUCCUGGGUCUGAGGGAGGAGGGGCUGGGGUACUGGACUCCUGGGUCUGAGGGAAGGAGUGGGCUCAGGACCAAAACUCUAGUUUCCUGAAGAGGAAAGGUUCCUAGGAUUUCUGGGUCUCCAGUGGGGCCUGGAACUCUGCCUAGGCCCCUUAGUUUUAACCUUGAUUUCUUCCUUUCAGACUUUGCUGUUCCAGCCAACAUGCGCUGUGGGGUGCAGACACCCACUACCUGAUCUCACUUCUGUCAGAUGCUCCCAUCCAGUAUUAAUGCACUAGGCGGGAGGAGAGGGCAGCGAUGACACUGCACCUCUCCUUUCCCACCCCAUUCCCUGGAGCUUCCUAAAUAAAACUUUUUUUAAUGUGA